AUUGACAAAGUUGUAAUGGAAACGCUGCCACUGUCGUCCUAUAAAAAGCUGCAGACUCCAUUCUUUAUCAAUCUCCUCCACCUCCCACCUGAGCUGCUGUCUGAAGAAAUGCACCGCUCCCAACCAAAAACAACCAAUCAGCGCCAGGAGGAGGGUCUUAAUGCUCUUAAUCACGCUGGUGAACGAGCCCCGAAAUGUGCUAAUGGUGGAGAAACAACUUACCAUUACAGUAUGUUCAAAGGGUUCGGGACGUGGCUGGGUUUGGAGAAGACAUCAGAGGAGAAGGAAAGCCUCAGUGUGGAGCAGGAAGAGAAGGUGGUUGAAGCCCAAAACGAGGUAAACAAACAGCAAGCAGCUGAGCAGGAUGAUGGGGCAACGGAGACGAAAGAAGAAACCCCUGAUCACAGCAAAGGACUCGGUGAGUUCAUCUUCAGUUUCGCCUCCAGUGCCACCAAGAAGUUGUCAGAGUCUGUGGUGGGAACCGCUCAGACCAUCAAGAAGACGGUGGAAGAAGGGAAGAUCGAUGGCAUCAUAGAUAAGACUAUUCUGGGAGAUUUCCAUAAGGAGCAAGAGAGGUUUGUCCAAGAGAAGAAGGCCAAAAAGUCAGAAGCAGCAGUGCCUCCCUGGGUGGGCUACAAUGAGGAGGAGAUCAUCCAGCAGCAGAUCCUGGCUCUCUCCGCUGACAAGCGGAACUUCCUGCGGGAUCCUCCUGCUGGUGUCCAGUUCCACUUCGACAUGGAGCACAUGUACCCUCUGGCGGCCGUCAUGCUGGAGGAAGACCAGCUUCUCAACCGCAUGCGCUUCGACCUAGUUCCUAAACAGGUGAAGGAGGACGUGUUUUGGAGGAAUUAUUUCUACAGGGUGUCUCUGAUCAAGCAGUCGGCUCAGCUCACGGCGCUGGCAGCCCACCAGCAGCAGCAGCAGCAGCAGCAGAACGGCGGGGAGGGCGGGGACAGUGUUUCACCUGACGACAUCGUCUUAAAAGAGGUUAGACCAAAAACUCCACCAGUUUCCAUCAGCGACAUACAGAAGGCACCCCAUGAGGAGGAGGAAGAGAUUUCAACAAGUCCCGGAGUCUCGGAGUUUGUGAGCGACGCUUUCGACUCGACGGCGAUCAACCACGAGGACCUGAGGAAAGAGAUGGAGCAGCUGGUGCUGGACAAGAAGGACAGCGCCUCGUCCCCAGACGAUGAGGCAGCAGACUGGGAAGAAGAGCUGCAGCAACAACUCCAGGAGUACGAGGUGGUGACCGAGUCAGACAACAAGGACGACCAGUGGGAACAGGAGAUCGAGAAGAUGCUCCAGUCCGAGGACAGCUAGGGAACGACGGCGCAUCAAACCGCGGCUCCGAAUCAGCCACCAGUGAUGCACGAGGGCCGACUCGCCCAAAUCUUUCUUUCCUGACGCAGUAAAGUUGAUCCAGCUGUAGUAAAAGUGCAUCAGUUGGAGGCAGGGCGGGUAUAUUAAUGAAGUAGUACUUUCUUAAUUAGUUUGAUCUUCUCCUUUAUCUCCAGCCUCUGUCUUUUGACUUGCACGUCCUCUAGAGGGAGCUCUGGGACAACUUACACCAGUUUUGCACAAUAGGAGGCAUUUCCUGCUUGGUUGGACAACUGUGUGUUGCAUAGUGAGGAAGGUUAAAUGUAAAAUUAAGCGGCAUGUAAAUAAAGACAGCUGUAACACUAUACUGGAAGUUAGAUUUCCUUCAUUAUGAAAUAUUUUAUUUCUUCUUACUUUGUGUACAAUGUUUCUCUAUAGCUGGAAAACUGUACUUUUACUAUGAUUUUCUUACUUCCUUUGGAUUCUUUAAUAAAUGGUAAUGUUAUUUCAGACCAGACUGCAUCACAUCUAUGGUGGAGAAAUUAUGGAAUGAAUAAUGUUGGAGGUAGAUGUAAGCUAUAGUGUCACUGCAGCAUGAACACGACAAGACGUUUUGCCACCAUUGCAAAAAAGGUUUUUUUUAAGUGACUUAACAUCAAGUUGUCUUUAAUUGUGAAGUGGAAAACAAUACAUGACUUUCAAACAUUUUCUAUAAAUAAGAUCAAAGAUUGGGGCUUGCAUUUGUAUUUGGCUCCAGCAGCAACGUUUUGUAGAAGCUCCUUCUGCUGUUACAACUGCUAAAUGUUUCAGAGUAUGGACACAUGUACAGACUGAAAUGCAGUGAGGGGCACUCCUCCUCUGAUCUACUAAUAGUGGAGAUAAUUAGUUUUUGGGUUUUUUUGCUUGGCGCUUUAGCGAUUGUGCAAACUUUGAAAACAGUUAGUGCCCUUAGCUUCCCCUAAAUAUUUUUUUUCUAGAUAAAUCUUGACGCGCUGAUUGACUCGGCCAAUUUGUAAACUUUCAGCUGAAUAAAGUUUGACAUUUGUGGUGAA